CCUGCAGUUUUCGUGUGCCCGGGGGUCCCGCAGCGCGUGGGGCCGGCGCUGUCCACGCACGAGUCCCCGCACCAGGCCGGGGGGUGGUGCCGGGACCCGCUGCAGUCGGGUGACCGGCUGUACGUGCUGCCCUGGGUGCCGUACCGCACCGACACGCUCACCGAGUACGCCUCCUGGGCCGACCUGGUGGGCGCGCGGCCCGCGGCCACGCACCGCCUCCCGCACCGCGCCGACGGCACCGGCUUCGUGGUGUACGACGGCGCCGUGUUCUACAACAAGGAGCGCACCCGCAGCAUCGUCAAGUACGACCUGCGCACCCGCAUCAAGAGCGGCGAGACCGUGGUGGGCGCCGCCAACUACCACGACACGUCCCCGUACCGCUGGGGCGGCAAGACCGACAUCGACCUGGCCGUGGACGAGGACGGGCUCUGGGUCAUCUACGCCACCGAGGGCAACGGCGGGCGGCUGGUGGUGAGCCAGCUGAACCCCUACACGCUGCGCCUCGAGGGCACCUGGGAGACCGGCUACGCCAAGCGCGCCGCGUCCGACGCCUUCAUGGCCUGCGGGGUCCUGUACGUGCUGCGCAGCGUUUACCUGGACGACGACACCGAGCACCUGGGCAACGCCCUGGUCUACGCCUUCGACACGCGGCGCGGCCGCGGCGCCGCCCUGGCCCUGCCCUUCCCCAACCCCUACCAGUUCGUGGCCUCCGUGGGCUACAACCCGCGCGACAACCAGCUGUACGUGUGGAACAACCACUUCUUGCUGCGCUACGCGCUCGACUUCGCGCCCCCCGAGGGAGACGGUCCGGUGACGACGGAGCCCCCAGCGCGCCCCCGCACCCACGGCCCCCAGCUCGGCGGCCCCCGUUCCCCACCCCCACGGCCCGGCGGGACCCUCACCCCCGCCUGGGACCCCGGGACCCCCAGGCCCCGCCCACAGCGCCGCCACCUGGGGUCCCGGGACCCCCAACGGCGGCCUGGGGUCCCGCCGCCCCCAGGGGUCCCGCCGCCCGCCGGGGGGCCCGGGGGCUCGGGGGCAGGGGAGGGCCUGGGGGCCGGGCCCGGGCGGGGGCCCAGGGGGCGGGGGCAGCUCUGCGAGGCCCGGGAGGUGCGGAGGGUGCAGUGGCCGGCGGCGCAACAGGGAGCGCUGGUGGAGAGACCCUGCCCCAAGGGGACACGAGGCAUCGCCUCCUUCCAGUGCCUGCUGGGGCUGGGGGUGUGGAACCCCCGCGGGCCCGACCUGAGCAACUGCACCAGCCCCUGGGUCAACCAGGUGGCCCAGAAGAUCAAGAGCGGGGAGAACGCGGCGAGCAUCGCGGGGGAGCUGGCGCGGCACACGCGGGGCCCGGUGUUCGCCGGCGACGUCAGCUCGGCCGUGCGGCUGCUCGAGCAGCUCCUCGACAUCCUGGACGCGCAGCUGCAGGCCCUGAGACCCCUGGAGAGGGAGUCAGCCGGCAAGAUCUACAACAAGAUGCACAAGAGGGAACGAACCUGCAAGGACUACAUUAAGGCGGUGGUGGAGGCCGUGGACAAUCUGCUGCGCCCGGAGGCGCUGGAGUCGUGGCGGGACAUGAACGGCUCAGAGCAGGCUCACACGGCCACGAUGCUGCUGGACGUGCUGGAGGAGGGAGCCUUCCUGCUGGCCGACAACGUCAAGGAGCCCGCCCGCUUCCUGGCGGCCCGGCAGAACCUGGUGCUGGAGGUGUCAGUGCUGAGCACGGAGGGGCCGCUGCAGGAGCUCGUGUUCCCACAGGAGUUGGGGGGCGAUGGUUCCAUCCAGCUCUCGGCCAGCACCCUCAAACAGAACAGCAGGAACGGGGUGGUGAAGGUCGUGUUCAUCCUGUACAACAACCUGGGGCUGUUCCUGCCCACGGAGAAUGCCACGGUUCGCCUGGGGGGGGAGGGGGGGCCCCGCGCCCCCCAACUCGUCGUCAACUCCCAGGUCAUCGCGGCCUCCAUCAACAAAGAGUCCAGCAGGGUCUUCCUGCGGGACCCCGUGGUGUUCACCCUGCCCCACCUCGAGACCAAGAACCACUUUGGGGCCAACUGUUCCUUCUGGAAUUACUCGGAGCGCUCCAUGGCCGGGCACUGGUCGAGCCAGGGCUGUCGCCUCCUGCGCUCCAACGGCACCCACAGCUCGUGUCCCUGCUCACACCUCACCAACUUCGCCCUGCUCAUGGCCAGGAGGCAGACUUUCCCAGGCCGGUUUAACGAGGUGCUGCUGUCGGUGAUCACCUGGGCAGGGAUCCUGGUGGCCCUGCUGUGCCUGGGCCUGUCCAUCUCCGCCUUCUGCUGCCUGCGGGGGCUGCCCCCCGAGCGCACGACCAUCCACAAGAACCUCUGCAUCUCCCUCUUCCUGGCCGAGCUGCUCUUCCUCGUCGGCAUCGACAAGACGCACUACCAGGUGGCGUGUCCCAUCUUCGCGGGUCUCCUGCACUAUUUUUUCCUGGCGUCGUUCUCGUGGCUGUGCCUGGAGGGGGUUCACCUGUACCUGCUGCUGCUGGAGGUGCUGGAGGGGGGUCCCGGCCGCCGCCGCUGUCUCUACGCGGGCGGGUAUUUCUUCCCCGCCGUCGUCGUCGCCGUGGCCGCCGCCGUCGAUCACCGGAGCUACGGGACCGAGACCGCGUGCUGGCUGCGGGUGGACAAUUAUUUCAUCUGGAGCUUCAUCGGCCCCGUGGCCUUCGUCAUUCUCGUGACCCUGGUGUUCCUGCUGGUGACGCUGCACAAGAUGCUUCGCAGCUCGGCCGCCCUCAAACCCGACUCCUCUCGCCUGGACAGCAUCAGGUCGUGGGCCCUGGGGGCCAUCGCGCUGCUGCUGCUGCUGGGGCUCACCUGGGCCUUCGGGCUGCUCUUCGUGACGCGGGAGUCGCUGCUGACGGCGUCGCUGUUCACGGCCUGCAACGCCCUGCAGGGCACCUUCAUCUUCCUCUUCCACUGCGCCCUCCAGAAGAAGGUGCACCGGGAGCUGACCAAGUGCCUGCGGCACUCGGGGUGCUGCCUGAGGGGCCCCCCCGGGACCUCCCUGGGGGCCCUGAAACCCUCGGCGGGCCGGGCCCACCCCCGAUACUACAGCGGGACUCAGAGCCGGAUCCGCAGGAUGUGGAACGACACCGUCCGGAAACAAACGGAGUCCAGCUUAUGGGGGGACCUGAACAGCACCCCCACCCUCAACAGAGAGCCCCCGGGACCCCCGGAGCCGCUGCCCCUGAACGGCAACUUCAACAACAGCUACAGCCUGCGGGGGCCCUGA